AUGUACGGACGUGCAUCAUGCCAGGAGCGGCUCAUGAGCACUUCCGACCAUCGCUACGAGCAAGCACUCUUGUGGGAGGCCGAAGAGCCCCUCGUCGUAUCACCGCAGCGACGCGUCACAACAUGUACGGAGGUGCCAGACAGCGACGUCUGCCCGUUUGAAGACGAGCCGCUCCUCGCAGAGGACCCCCAGGACGUGCCUGAGCUCGCAAACGCUACGCCCCCAGCUGCUGCAUCUCCUGUGCUUGUCGACGUGUUAGCGGCUUUCCUCGCUGCUCUUCGACAGCGAUAUUUCGAGCGGCUCCGCGCUCUCAAGGAAUUCCUCCUGCUUGAGCGGUGA